AUGCCUGGUGGGGACAUGGGAGGAUACAAUGCAGACCGCAACGACUUUGGACAGGCUAGUUUUACCGUUAACUCCUAUGUUAAGAAGUGGGAUAAAGCUAAUUGUUCGAAUGUAGUUAUUCGUUCCUCUAGCUUUUUGCAUAACAAAAUCAAUAACCUGCCUCCAUGUUCUGGUAAAAAUCUUAUUUGGGGCCCUCCUAAUGAGGAUGUUGUUAAGUUAAAUUUUGAUGGUUCUAAAUUGGAUAAUGGGCAAGCUUCUUAUGGCUUCAUUCUUAGGAACGCCCUCGGUGAGAUUUUAACGGCAAGUGCCAAAUCCUUGGGAGAUCAUCCUUCAAUUCUAAUAGUUGAAGCUAUGGGGUUGGUUAAAGGCAUUAAAGGAGCUAUUUCUCUCCAUAUUAAGAAGAUUAUUAUUAUUGAAGGAGAUAAUAUCACUGUUAUUAACUCUAUAAAGGCUAAUGCUAAUCCUCUGUGGUCCAUUGCUAACAUUAUUGUUGAUGCACAUACUCUUCUGGAGCAGUUUGAUCAAGUGUAUUUCCAUCAUUGUUAUCGGAAGGCCAAUCGAGCAGUGGAUUUUAUGGCACACAACGGUCACUUCUAUUCGGAUGUGUUAUUUUGGUCUCCGCCUUAUUGUAUUGAUUUUUUCCUUCUCAUCCGCAAGGAUGUUUUAGGUUGGCUCUCUGGAUAA